AUGUCGGCGGGCAAUUCCAUUUUGAGCUUCUCCCUCGGAGCUGCUGCGGGAGUUGCUGCUUGUGGGACUUUGUACUGGGCGCUGAAUAAACAGUCGCAGCCCAAACCAUCAGCAGAAACUUCCCGGAAUGAAGUGAAUGGCAGCUUUCCAGCACCGGUGGUGGAGCCACCAAAGGAGGCCGAGCCACCUGCCGAUCCACCUGCCCCUCCGCCCGCAGCUCCCGAAGACAGGCCGGCAGAUGCACCGGAAAGUUGUCCAGGCGUCAGCAGUGAACAAGCGGGGAAGAGCGAAUCCUGCGCCGGCUGCCCGAACCAAGCGCUGUGCGCUUCUGGUGAAGCAAAGAAGAAGGAUCCCGCUGUGGCUGACGUUCAAGAUCGUCUCAAAUCCGUGAAGCGCAAGAUCCUCGUCCUGUCGGGGAAAGGCGGGGUCGGGAAGAGCACGGUUUCAGCACAGCUUUCCUUCGGAUUCUCUGGACGUGGCAUGGACGUUGGAUUGCUCGAUGUCGACAUUUGUGGCCCAUCCGUGCCUCGAAUGCUUGGCCUUCUGGGUCAGGAUGUCCACCAAAGCAGUGAGGGUUGGUCGCCAGUUUACGUUGACGACCACUUGGCUGUGAUGUCUAUCGGCUUCAUGCUACCGAACCAGGAUGACGCUAUCAUUUGGCGAGGUCCUCGCAAAAAUGGUCUCAUCAAGCAGUUCCUGACCGAUGUCAACUGGGGCGAGCUGGAUGCGUUGAUCAUUGACACUCCUCCCGGCACCUCCGACGAGCACCUCUCCAUCGUGACCUACUUGCAGGAUGCUAAAGUGGAUGGGGCAGUCAUCGUCACGACACCUCAGGAGGUCAGUCUGAUGGAUGUCCGGAAGGAAAUCAACUUUUGCCGCAAGGUAGGUUUGCCCGUCUUGGGCGUGAUAGAAAACAUGAGUGGCUUCGCUUGCCCAAAGUGCGGGCACGAAGAGCGAAUUUUCUGCCCUUCGACCGGUGGUGCAAUGGCGAUGUGUCAGCAGAUGGAGGUGCCUUACCUGGGGAGUGUGCCCUUAGAUGGCCGCGUGGCUGCUGCGGGAGAUCAGGGAAUGCCAUUAUCGCAGUUGCAACCUGAUGGGCCUGUGGCCAAGUGCAUUGACAGAGUGAUCGAAGCAAUUUUGAAGGAGACGGACAAGAAGUGA